CAACUCCAUUGGAUUUACCCGUUUAUCAGCGACGUUGUGCCUCAUACAAUAUUCAAAAUAAUCUCGCAUUCUUAUUACAUAUGCCUGCAAUUACAAUGACAUGACCAAGAUGUACAAUGUUAAAUUGCGCAUUUUAACACGCACCCGGACUCCCUUGGUUGAUAACUUGAACAAGGCCCUUUUUUUCCUGGAGUCUAUCGCAUUUCCCACCGAAAAACUUGAGUUUCUGAAGGCGGAAGCCUUUUGCUUUGAGUGGUACCUAUUGAAUUACCAUGUAAAACCCAGACCGGGUCGAUUCAAUGCACCCCUCAACCAGGUUUGGGAUCAUUGAUGAUGCCAACGAUGGCGGUGACAACAUGAAUUAAUUGCAUAACUAUCGCUAAUUAUUACAACAUAGUCAAUGGCUGGAGGAGCUGCGGUGAUGGAGGGGAAAUCGUAUAACUUAAUUAGCUCGGGCUGGCCCUACCAAAAUCAAUUACCAACGACAGUUUCACUCGACUGAUUGGGCCUGUCUCUCAAGGAACCCAAUUGAGCUGAUUCCCGUGUCCUUGUUCCCGAAACCCACAUACAUAUAAAACUACACUGAAAAGAAAAAGUCCCCAAAAUAAGGGAACAGAUACUUGAUUAAAAAAUAUUAUUUUCACUUUGCAAA